UCACCCAAAUGCAGCUUCCUAACUCCCUCCCACUGAGCUCCCGCCACACUACGGAAUCGUAAGUGAGUAACAAAGCAAUAUUUUGUUCCGCAGCUGUCACCAAUAAACUUUCCUCUGCUAAAACCUUCGCAGGCCAAUGGCUUCCGCGGGGCGGGGACUAAAGACCUGGGGGCGGCCCUAGGAACGGGACAGAGACCUCAGAUCCGUGGGAGGAAAUAUGGCGGCAGGCACGGAUUUUGGACUGAAGAGCACAGUGUGGCAGAAAAUAAAAACUGAAGUCUUGGAUGACUGUAGGAAAGGGGACGAAUGGAAGAUAUUGCUAUUAGAUCAUUUCACAACCAAAUUGCUAACAUCAUGCUGCAAGAUGACAGACUUGUUGAAAGAGGGUAUAACAGUGGUGGAGGACCUUUUUAAAAAACGGCAACCGGUUGAACACAUGAAAGCCAUUUACUUUAUAUAUCCUAAUGAAAAGUCUGUAGAUUGUUUGGUGAAUGACUUCAACAGUAAAUCUGCCAGCAAAUAUAAAGCUGCUUAUGUCUAUUUCAGUGAUGUUUGUCCUGACAACCUCUUCCACAAGCUGAAGUCCUGUCAUCCCAAGGCAAUAAAAAGGUGUAAGGAGAUCAACAUUUCAUUUUUCCCUCAGGAGUCACAGGUUUUCUUGCUCAAUGUCCCUAAAGCUUUUCACUUACUGUACAGUCCGGAUAAAGCCGUGAAUAAGGAAACUGCCAUGCAAACCAUUGCCCAGCAGAUAGUGACGUUGUGUGCGACUCUGGAGGAAAACCCUGGAGUGAGAUAUAAGAAGGAACCACUGGAUAAUGCAGAAGAACUGGCCAAUCUGGUGGAGGAACAACUUGUUCAGUAUUACAAAAUGGAUGAAAAAGACCAGUUUAAGGCUAAAACACAGUCACAGCUACUUAUAGUGGACAGAGGAUUUGAUCCAUUUUCUACUAUACUGCAUGAACUUACCUUUCAAGCCAUGAUCUAUGAUCUCCUGCCAAUCGAGAAUGACAUCUAUAAGUAUCAGACAGAAAGCGCUAUAGCAAAGGACAAAGAAGCACGAUUGGACGAGUCUGAUGAACUAUGGGUUAAAGUUCGUCACAAACACAUUGCUGUAGUACUGGAGGAAAUCCCCAAACUUGUCAAAGAAAUUUCAUCUAGCAAAAAAGAAACCGAAGGAAAUAUCUCCAUAAGUAAACUGGCUGAUAUCAUGAAAAAGAUGCCCCACAUCCGUAAGCAGAUAAGCAAACAAACCUUACACCUCAGUUUAGCUGAAGAUUGCAUGCAGAAGUUCCGAGGCAGGCUGGAGAAGUUAUGCAAAGCCGAGCAGGAUUUGGCACUGGGGAGUGAUGCAGAGGGGCAGAAAGUCAAAGAUCACAUGCGUGUUCUUCUUCCAAUUUUGAUAAACAACGACUUUGACAAUUAUGACAAAAUAAGAGCCAUCCUUUUGUACAUUUUUGUAGAGAAUGGAACCUCCCAGGAGAACCUUGAUCGGCUGAUCACACAUGCAAAAAUUGAAGGUGGGGGAGAUGUUUUGAAGAACUGGAAGUACCUCGGAGUUCCUAUUGUCCCUAAGUCAUCGCAGCGUAAACCAACAAGGAGAGACCGAUCAAAGGAGGAGACAUUUCAGUUGUCGCGCUGGACUCCUGUAAUAAAGGAUGUUAUUGAGGACACUAUGGAGAAUAAGUUGGACUCCAAAGAGUGGCCAUAUUGUUCUGAGUGUCCAGCAGUAUGGAAUGGAUCUGGGGCAGUGAGUGCCAGGCAAAAACAUAACACAAUAUCUCGGGACGAAAGGAAGAACGUGUCUAGGCUUAUUAUUUUUGUAAUCGGAGGGAUAACCUACUCUGAAAUACGUUGCGCUUAUGAAGUGUCACAGGCCAACAAGUUUGUCCAAGUCAUAAUAGGUUCAACUCAUAUUAUUACUCCUAAAACAAUGCUGGAUGAUAUAAAGAAUCUCACUAAAGAAACUGUUUAGUGCUGGAUGAUAUAAAGAAUCUCACUAAAGAAACUGUUAUCCCAACAAAUGACUAACGGACAUCUCAUGUGUAUUUUAUUAUUUAAAGGACCAGUAACAUCAAAAAUGUUAACAAAAAAAUUUGUUAGAAUACAACGGAAAAAAAACACCAAGACAAAUGUAAAAUUGAAUA